GUGAGAUCACUGAAACAGCUCCCCUCUCACACACAGCGUUACUACCCCUAGAGGUGUGUACAUUCUAAAUCACCUGCGAACUGCAACAAUAAUGCAGCAUGAGUCGCGCAACAUGAAUCGCCAGCAGGACGCCAAGGGAGUAAUCUUGACCGGGUAUUUUAGCAAUAGUGACGUUUCACCUCCCGCCUCAGUUGUCAAUAAUGCCGAAGAGAGCGAGUCUUCAUCGUUGAGUCGCAGGACAGGCCUCUUCAGUGUCCAGAGCCGGCCCAAAAAUGCCUCAGGAAAGCCCCCACACCACUGCUGUAACUCCCGGGACUCACUGGACGAGCUGUUCAUGGAUGAAUACUGGACAGAGGUGGAGAACAUCACCCUUAGCGGCUCAGGAAAGGGGGAUGCAGAGCCACAGGAGGUGGUGCAGCUGAAGUUGCCGGAUGAGGGGGAACAGGAGAAGGCAUGGCUGACUGAGGCAGGGCUGGCCCCUCUGUUUGAUGAGUCGGCGUCGGACCCCGAGGACAUGAUGGGGCUGUUGUUCACACUGACGCGCACACAGGUUGCCGCCGUAGAGAAACGUUUUGAAACCAUCAGGAAGAGGAACAAGCAGCACCACAUACCUGACGUCAGAGACAUCUUCAAACUCCCAGGCACACUGGAGUCAAAGGAGGAUGAUGCAAAGUCAACAGAGAGAAGUGAAAACAGCAAAAUGAAUAUUACGACAGAUGGUGAGGUGGUGGGGCAGGGGAAUGGGGCUGGCCCUUCUCAGCAGAGUGUGUCUGAACCUGAGACUGACAUCAACCUAGAGCUGUCCUUCUCUGAUCAGGCCCUCAGCUAUAAGGAGGACUCAAAGACCAGCAGUGAGGCUCUGACGGACACAGACGAUAAGCUACCUAACUUCAAGCUAAGCAGAGACAAGACUGGGCUGACCAAGAUGGGGGACCUGUCCCCUCAGGAUAUGAAGAAGGUGCACCGCCUGGUACUGAUAGAGAUGACCGCUCUGUUUGACACGGCAGGCAUCGACCUCAAGGCCCACAAAGCAGUCAAACUCAAGGUCAAAGAGUCUGGCCUGUUUGGAGUUCCCCUGGCCACCCUAUUGGAGCAGGACCAGAGGAGACAGCCAGGGACCAAGGUGCCAAUCAUACUGCAGAGGCUGAUCUUUCACAUAGAGGAGGAAGGUCUGGACACAGAGUGGCUUCUACGGAUACCCGGAUCAGCCACAAGAGUCAAGGCGGUUCAUGUGGAGCUGGAGGGGAAGUUCUAUGAGGGCCUGUUCUCAUGGGAGAGUCUGAAGCAGCACGAUGCAGCCAGCCUGCUCAAGCUCUUCAUCAGGGAGCUGCCCCACCCACUGCUCACUGUGGAGUACCUCAUUGCUUUCAUGGCAGUGCUCAGUCAGUCCCAUUAUAUACUGCACUACAUUAUGCACCAGACUCUCCUUAUGCUACACACUUUCUCACAAUGGUGCACUAUAUGUAUACUCCACAGGAGGCUGCUGAGAGAAGAACGGCUCAUAAUAAUAGCCGGAACGGCACAAAUAGAAUGGUAUCAAACACCUGCAUGUUGGAUGUAUUUGAUACCAUACCAACUAAUUCCGCUCCAGCAAUUACCACAAGUUUUAUCAUAUGUUGAGUUAUGGGUUAGUAAACCAAUCCAUUGUGGAUGUGAUUUGCUUGCUUGCCUUACAGAACUGCCCACUAAGACGCAACAGCUGCAGGCUCUCAACUUAGUGGUUCUGCUACUUCCAGAGUCCAGCCGUGAUGUACUGAAGGCGCUGAUGGAGUUCCUUCAGAGGGUCAUAGACCACAAAGAGCAGAACAAGAUGACCUUGAACAACAUUGCCGUGGUGAUGGCUCCAAACAUAUUCAUGUUUAAAGGCUUCCGCAACAAGAUCAGUAUGCAGCAGGAAUUAUCCAUGGCCACAGAGACCGCCAACAUCGUCCGACUGCUCAUCCGAUACCAAAACCUGCUCUGGACGAUUCCUAAAUUCAUAAUGAACCAAGUCAGGAAACAAAACACGGAGAACCAGAAGAAAAUUAGCAAAGAGCGUGCCAUGAGGAAACUCUUAAAGAAGAUUGCUUAUGACCGAGAGAAACCCGAAAAACAGAAGAAACCCCCCUCAGAGGCGGACAGUAGUUCUCAGGAAUUCAUCAGGGUCCAGGCCCCUCAAUUCUCUAAGGUCUCCAUGGCUGUCCAGUUGACUGAAGAGCUGCAGGCGUUUGACGUCCUCAGUCACUUCCUCAGCCAGAAGAGCUCUGUGUCUGUGAAGAGAGAAGACCUGUGCCUUUAUGAAAUAGGGGGCAAUAUCAAGGAGCGCUGUCUGGAUAAGGAUACCUAUAUGAAAGACCUGUUGGAGCUGAACCCCAGUGCAAAGUGGGUCAUCAAGUGGGUCAUCCAGAGAUAGGAUACUCACACCCUGCCAGCCAUGUCUUAAAUGUCCAAUGCAGCCAUUUUUAUCUCAAUAUCAAAUAAUUUCUGGGUAACAAAUAAAGUACCUUACUGUGAUUGUUUUCUAUUAAAAUGGUAAAAAUGAAACAAAAAUAGCUUAUUUGCAAAGGGCAAUUUCUGAAGCAUGAAUUUUGAUAGGACUGUCGGGUCUGAGUGAGGGGCCUGAUUGCACGAGCCUAAUGGGAGGGAUAUGUAACCAGAUAGCUGUUAUUGGCAGAGAGGUCGCUAGGCAGGCCUCACUCCAUCCCACUGAAACAGGCUGAAAUUUCAGGCGGUCUUUUCAAACGGCUCUUGCACUAAAAGGGCAUUGUCAUAAUUUUUACAAAUUCACAGACUUUUUCCAACCUCAUAGUGUGGAAAUAUACAUUCACUGUCCAGUUUAUUAGGUACACCCAUCUAGUACCUGGAAGGACCCCCCUUUGCUUCCAGAAAAGCCUGAAUUCUUUGUGGCGUGGUUUCUACAAAGUGUGGCGUUCAAACAUUGCUCAAUUGUGAUCAUGGGUCAUAAUGGGUGCCAGGAAAACAUUCACCACACCAUUACACCACUGGCACCAGCCUGUACCGUUGACACCAGACAGGAUUGGUCCAUGGACUUAUGCUGCUAAUGCUAAAUCCUGAUUCUGCCAUCAGCAUGAUGCAACCGGAACUGGGAUUCGUCAGAGCAGGCAAUGUUUUUCCACUCCUCAAUUGUCCACUGAAACCACUUUAUGUUUUUAGCUGAUAGGCGUGGAACCUGAUGUGGUCGUCUGCUGCAAUAGCCCAUCCGUGACAUUGAUCGACGAGUUGUGAGUUCCGAGAUGGCGUUCUGCACACCACUGUUGUACUGUGCUGUUAUUUGCCUAUUUGUGGCCAGCCUGCUUGCGCGAUUCUUGCCAUUCUCCUUCUCCAUUCUCCUCUCUCAUCAACGAGCUGUUUUUUUGCCCAUAGGACUGCCGCUGACUGGAUGUUUUUUCGCAUCAUUCUUGGUAAUCCAUAGACACUGUCGUGCGUGAAAAGCCCAGGAGGCCGGCCAUUUCUGAGAUACUGGAAUCGGUGCGCCUGACACCGAUUAUCAUAACAUGCUCAAAGUCCCUUAGCUCACAAAUUGUUCCCAUCCUAACGUUCCAUUGAACGCCUCGAUGACUUUCUGCCUGCUUUCUAUAGCAAGCCACGGCCAUGUGUCUAAUUGUCUAUUGGUGCGAUGCAUCUUUGUGAACGGGGUGUUGUACCUAAUAAACUGGCCAGUGAGUGUAUAUACAACAUAGGAAAAUCAUGUUUUUGAGUGCACUGGGCAUUUAAAGGAUAACGUACGGGGGUAACGUUAAGGCUGACCACUGGACCCAGCAGGACAGGUAUUACAGAAGUGUUAAAGUUGUUGUCCUUUGGUGCUGUAGUUUAGAAUACAGUUUAAGUAGAUGAGGGCUCUUCCUCUGAAAUAUAUGCCCUGUGGUGUGUUAGGUCCACUUGUGUACAGGGUACUUACUGUUUGGGAUAAAGCACUCCCCUGAUUGACAUGUAUGCUACUGGAAGUCCAACUGCCAAGAGCUUGAGGAGUUGAGGAGAGCCACUGAACUAUAAUCUGUGGUGGUAUUGAUCAAUACAGUAAAUGCCCCAAACCAAGAAAACAACAGUUGAGGAAACAGUAUAUUGUGAUGGAUUGCUCUAAAAAUGACGACAAUGUUUUUACAUUCAAUGAUAGACAUAAUUUAAACACUAAUAGGAUUUUCUUUACUCUGCAGCUUAUUCUCCAUUGUAAGAUAACUAAAACGUAGCAUACAGGCCUCCCCAAACUACCAGGGUCAAUUCUAUUCUAUUUCAGUUUCAGUCAAUUCAGGAAGUACACUGACAUCCCAAUUCUCUUCAAUGCUUUUCAAUUGGGAAAAAUUGGGAUUGGAAUAUGGUUUACUUUCUUAAUUGACUAGAAUUGAAAUGGAAUUGACCUCAACCCUGCUAGCUAAAAUUGUGUUCAUAUGAAUAUGUGUUGGGUAGAUAUGUUGGGUAGAACUGGUUCUCAAGCUGUGGUCCUUAGCUAGCAUUCCAGGUCGCUUCCUAAUAACAUUAACAUGUGUAGUUCUCAAAAGGUACUUUCGAUGGAGGGAUCAGUUUUGAAUAAUGCAAUGUAUGUCCAAUCAUUUCAAUUUAGAAAACAUGAAUAACAUUAUUUCAGAUAUGUACUGUAUUUUAUACACUCUACCUGCCCUUAUGUUGUUCUUGAUACUGUGAAUAUGACUUGAAAGAUGUUCCAUUUGAUGUUGUAUACUGUAUGUUAUACUGCUUCUGAAAUGACCACUAAACUUUUUGUAAAUAAAUGUGUAAUUGCUCCUAUUUAGUGUGCAAUGUUCUCAUGUAUACACAAUAAAAUACAUU